AUGCACCAAGUUAUGAUGACGUGUUUCCUUCUUUUUCCGCACUCUCAACGUUUCUCUCUCUUUUUCUUUCUCUCUUUUUCUCUCGCUUUCUCUUUCUUUCUCUCUCUCUCUCUUUCACUCUCUUUCCAUCACUUUGUCUUCUCUCUCUUUCUUUCUCUCUCUCUUCUUUUCUCUCUCUCUUUUUCACACUCUCGCUUUCUCACAUUCUCUCAUUCUUUUUUUCUCUCUCUCUUUCUCUCUCUUUCUUUUUCUCUCCCUUUCUCUCUGUCUUUUUCUCUGUCAUUCUCCCUCUUUGACUCUCUCUUUCUCUUUCUCUCCUUCUUUUUCUCUCUCUCUCUCUUUCUCUCUUUUUCACUUUCAACCUUUCUCUUUCUCUUUUCUCUCUCUUACUCUUUCUUUCUCUCUUUCUGUCUUUCUCUCUCUAUUUCUCUCACUCCCUUUUUCAUCCCCCUUUCUCUCUCUAUCUUUUCUAUAUCUUUUUUGUCUCUCUCUCUUCUCCCUCGUUCUCUUUUCUCUCUCUUUCUUUUUCUCUCAUUCUCUCUUUUCCCUCUCUCUCUCUCUGUUUUUCUCUCUAUAUAUCUCACUCCCUCUUUCAUCUCCCUUUCUCUCUCUCUCUUUCUCUUUUCUAUCUCUCUCUCUCUCUUUCCUUACCUCUCUUUCCCUCAUUCCCUUUUUCAUCUCCCUUUCUAUCUUUCUCCCUUUUCUAUCUCUUUUCCCUCUCUUCUCUCUCUAUCUCUUUUUCUCUCUCUUUUUUCUUUCUUUUUCUUUCUCUCUCUCUCUUUCUAUCACUCUCUCACUCUUUCUGCCUUUCUUGAGGUUUUAUUGCACUCUUCCAACCCACUACUACUUCUCCGUCUAUCUAAACAGUCCUUUUUCCUCUCUCUCUCUCUCUCUCUCUCUCUCUCUCUCUCUCUCUCUCUCUCAGCAUUCCUCAUUUUUUUAUAA